AGAUACCUUGACAGUGCGUGUGAUUGACCACAGUUCAGUUUGCUUUGAUCAGAGGACAAGUAGAUGUGUUCACCUUGCGCUCCUAAGACUCUUCGGAACGCUGGGUCCGAAUCUGUUGGAUUCGAGUCAAGACAUCGCCUCUCCUUGUCACAAGCUGUAGAAACAUUGAACUUUUUUGUUCCUCCAUCGCAGCUGUUUUCAGAACAAGGAUUGUUUUACGUUGGCCAGUCGUUUGCUCCCGUGUCCGGAACUGAGGAUGGGUCGCUGAUCCCGGAACCCGCAGUGUGAUCUAUCAGCUCUGUGAUUGGUUCAUUCUGUUUCCGGUCGCUACCUGCUGCCAUGGCGAAGAGCCCAGAGGUGAAGCUGGCGGUUUUCGGACGAGCAGGAGUGGGUAAAUCAGCUCUAGUGGUGAGGUUUCUGACCAGACGUUUCAUCUGGGAGUAUGACCCAACGCUUGAAUCAACAUAUCGGCAUCAAGCAACCAUAGACGAUGAGGUUGUGACCAUGGAGAUCCUUGACACAGCCGGACAGGAGGACACGCAGCAGAAGGAGAGCCACAUGCGCUGGGGCGACGGCUUUGUCAUCGUCUAUGACAUCACUGACCGGGGCAGCUUCGACGAAGUGGCUCCUUUACGGGGCCUCCUAGAGGAAGUUAAGAAACCCAAGAAUGUCCCGUUGGUUCUGGUGGGCAACAAGGCCGACCUGGACCAUGCCCGACAGGUGGGCACGGAGGAGGGUGAGCGGCUGGCCGCCGAGAUGGCGUGCGCCUUCUACGAGUGCUCGGCGUGCGCCGACGAGGGUGGCAUGGUGGUGGAAGCAUUCCAUGAGCUGUGUCGCGAGUUGAGGCGCCGCAAGGCGGUCCAGGGCAAGGCCAGGCGCCGUAGUUCCACCACCCACGUCAAGCAGGCCAUCAACAAGAUGCUGACCAAGAUCAGCAGCUAGGGGGAGCUGCUGAGCACACUUCACAAAGAGGAUAAACUCAAGACGAACUAAAGAACAAAGUGACUGAUUUCAAGGGUUUAGAUGUGUGGAAAUAUACCAAACACCCAUUCCAGCUGCUAAGGAGCAGGAUGAUUAAAUUAUGAAUGAACAGCGAACCUCUUCAUACUUAGUAUCAAUGCACAAUCAAUUAAGAUUUGCAUUGAUACCUAGUGUGCGGAAAAUCGCUCUUCAUUCAACACUGAUUCUAAAGGGGAAAGCUGUUGGCUAUUAUUACUUGCUCUUUGACCAUGCUCCACAACUAAGGUCAGAAUAACAAAGGG